UGUUCCCCUCGCUCUGUUCAUUUCUCAUUGUGUGGACAGUCAUGGCGUUUGCCCAGCAAUUGUGCAGUGGUCUGGUACUCCUCUGUUUUGCUUUGUUUCUAGUUGCGUGUUUUGCCGACGAAGUCGACAACGAUGACGUGAAAACAAUUCGCGGAAGUAAUGUCUCAGUCAGAAUACUUGCUCGCUCAGGUAAACUCAUGAUUGUUCGAAAUGACGACGACGAUGAUAAAGAAGAUAGCAAAGACGAUGAUGACAAAGAUGACGACACAGAUGAUGACGACAAAAAUGAUCAAGAUGAUCAAGACAGUGAUGACGACAACGACGCCAAAGAUGAUGAUGAUGAUGAUGAUGAUGAUGACGAUGAAGAUUUCGGGGAUGACAAUGAGGACUUAUUGUCAUUUGAAGUGGAUGGAAUUGAAGAAAAAGAUUCCCAAGGAAAUGAAGUUGAUGACAAGCAUUCUGUGAAAUCUUUUGACAACGUGAAGUUUACGUUUGGUCUUGUGGACAGGCAAGCCACUUUUCAAGGAAUCCCUGUUACCAAGAUGAACUACUCAGCAUAUCUUCCCGACCCCGAGGCCACUCUUGAAAUCAUAGUUUACCUCUUUCAUGAAGCUGGGACAAUCACGUUUGGGAACGAGACGUUUGCUGUGCAGAGUGAAACCGUCAAGUUCAACAUUAAGAUAAGUAAAUGGGAUUUCUGUGACGAUUCGCCCUCAGACUGUGGUAGUGGCAAAGCGGGAGAAUACCUUGAUGUUAGUCUUAAAGUCAAGAGCAAGGGAUCACCAGAAGAAGUAGACGAUGAUGACCGUGAGAAGGAAGAUAAAGAACCUAUCUGUAAGGACAAGGAUGAUAAGGAUGAUGACGAAGAAAGUGAUAACGACGACAAUGAUGAUGAUGAUGAUGAUGAUGACGAUGACGACUGUCCCAAAAUAUUCGACUUGGGCGGGGAGUCGGAAAUGCUACUUAACCAAGGGGUCAUGAUCGAUGAUGAUGACUACACUGCAAUGCCGGAUGAAUUUCCCAAAUUCGAGAGAGACGACGACAAGACGAAAUUCGUGUUUCGCAUUCCGAAAUUCGGCAAAAACGUGUUGGUUGAUCCAAGCGUCAACGUAGGCAAAGUCAAGGUCGAGAAGGUGAUCUUGCAGAACACGGCUUCCUGGUUACAGUUCAAUCUUGCUGUUGCUGUCUUCUUUCAAGUUGCUGCCAUAUUUGUAGCUCAAUAGCAAAUUCCUCAGUGUAAUAUGUCUCAACUAAUACAAAUAAAUUAAACCUGCAAAAUCAAUAGUGAACGCACUAAUAUAUUACAGAGGUACGGUAGAGAGAAGUAACAAGUCUAUAUACUAUGAGAUACAGAAGUAUUGUAUGUUAGGAAAAACGAACUUGCUUGUUUUUAAACUAGACUUGUUUUUCAUAAGGCAUGCAAGAACGUAAUUUCCCCAUACUGACUAGUGAAGAUUGGAGACUGCGAAACCUCUUCUCCUAACCUUACCUUUCUCUUUCCACUGCAAAUGUUAAGAACAUGAAAUCUUUGUUAGCUUUUUUUUACCAAGAAAACCCAAUUAUUACAUGUUUAUUUAUUAUCCUUGAUAUGGAUCUCAAUAUGGAUACAUUUAGGAGUUUGGAUGGCACUUGAUGGACAAACCAUGAAAAGCGAGUAUUUUCUCCCCAGGUUUUUCCAUAUCCUCGUCUUUUUUCGUGAUGAACGUUCAACCUCGUUGACAAAUCUUUUGAGCUCGAUUACGACAAGCUAACUGACUGGCACACCUUUCAGUUUAUUUUAAAUUAACUUAGAUAUCACAGUACAUCUAUGAUCUCAUUCAUGCGUACUUGUAAUAAAGAAUACCUUUUAUGCUUA